AUGACAGCGAAGAUUGGUUCGUCCGACUCACCUAAAGCUCAUUUGGAACGACUUUUAAGCGGAGGCAUUGAAAUGCACGACACGGCGUCAUCAGUAGAUAUGCCCACAAAAUUUUCCAUGGGAAUCGAUCUGUCGAUGUACAACGACUUCGGAUGCAAUGCAGCGCUAAGAAACUCUUCGAAAACACUAAAAUGUCCAAAGUGCAAUUGGCACUACAAGUAUCAGGAGACGUUGGAAAUUCAUAUGAAAGAAAAACAUUCGGAUGGUGAGGUGAAAUGUGGAUACUGCGCUGAGAAUCGUAUACAUCCGAAACUUGCUCGAGGCGAGAGCUAUUCAUGUGGAUAUAAACCAUACAGGCUAGUGGAUUACACGUCUUUAUCUUGUCCACAAACACGAUCGCCUCCAUCAGAAGACGAUCAUUCCCUAGUUUGUGUUGUCUGUGGUUGCUUCUCUAGCGAUGACUUAGAAGAGAUGAUCGCACAUGCAGAUAAGUAUUUUUACUCAAUAAAUAAGACAUUUAAUAUAGCAGCAAUUUUGCAGUCUUCGUUACAGGACCGCUCAAGUCCAUCACACGGUGACAUUUCGAUGAGCAGCGGAGUGUUUCGUUGUCAUCUUUGUCCGUACCACACAAAUUUGAAGGCGAACUUUCAGUUGCAUACCCGUACUGAUAAACACUUGCAAAGGGUACAAAUGGUAUGUCAACAAUUUGUAAGUAAUUAA